AUAACACAUGCAUCACACUGCGAAGGGACGUCCAGGGAGUGAGUUCUAGCUUUAAGUGCAGAAGAGAAUGAGAUUGGGGAGGAACAGGACAGAGAAGAGUCUAAGUAAUAAGUAGAGUCGAGUGAAGGAAAGGAAAGGUCCACAGAGGAGUUUCAUCAUGGCCACCCUGAAGGAGAAGAGGACUUGUGGGCAGCGAUGUGAAGACUUUGGCCGUUUUGUCUGGAACUCGGAAAAUGGGACGUUCAUGGGGAGAACACCAGAGAAGUGGGUCUACAUCAGUCUGUAUUAUGCGGCCUUCUACGUGGUGAUGACCGCCCUCUUCUCUUUGGCCAUCUGGGUCCUCAUGUACACCUUGAAUCCGUACGCCCCCGACUACCAAGACCGGCUAAAAUCCCCGGGGGUGAUGGUGUGGCCGGACACUUACGGGGAGGAAGACAUUGAAAUCACCUACAACACGUCCAACAAGGCCAGUUGGAUGAAGAUGUCCAACAUCCUUCAUAAGUUCCUGGAGCCCUACAAUGACACCAAGCAGCUGGAGUGUAACCAGUACAACUGCACCAAGGGCAAGUACUUCAUCCAGAAGAGCUUCACUGCACCUCAUCACACCAAGUGGGCGUGUCCCUUCACUCAAAGCAUGCUGGGAGCCUGCUCAGGAACCGAGGACCCGACCUUUGGCUACAACUGCACCAUGCCUUGUGUCGUCAUCAAGAUGAACAGGAUCAUCGACUUUUUGCCGACUAAUACAACAACCCUUCCUCCAUACGUCAACUGCACCAUACUGGAGGGAGAAAACAACGUGGCCAAAAUUGAGUAUUUCCCUGACAGGGGGAUUAUGGAUCUCUCGUACUUCCCUUACUAUGGAAGACUGGCGCAGCCGACCUAUGUCAACCCACUGGUGGCCGUCCGGUUCAGCCUGGUCGGAGAGAAACACGCCAAGAUCCAGUGCAGAGUCGUCUCGGACGUGAUCAGCUACGAAAACUUCCACGACCCCUACGAGGGGAAAGUCAUCUUCUACCUCAAGGCAGUGAAAUGACAAACUGCUAAUUGUUGAAAUACUCAACCUUUGGGUAUCAGGCGUCUGCGGAUGAGUCGUGAAUAUUUAAUAAAGCUUUAAAAACCCACUUGAGUUCAACACGAUCCUAAAGUUAAAAAGUUUGCUUGUAAAUCUCUGCGCAGUGUGGUGCUUUUUAAAGACGUGAUUUUCCGAGCGAUUCCUGAUUUUCUGACAUCCACCAUCUAUAAAUCUGACAAUAAGUUGAGUCAAAUGUAUCUACGUGAAAUAUUGAGUUUCUAAAUAAAAUUAAUCACAACUCCA